AUGAGAGAUCAAGAAGUCAGGGUAAUAAAUGCAGGGAAGAGCACGCACAAUGAAGAUCAAGCCAGCUGUGAAGUCCUCUUUGUCAAGAAGAAAGCUGGAGGCACUAAUUCCACCCCAAACAAGAACUCAACAAAACGGAGGUCAUCACUGCCUAAUGGAGAAGGUCUCCAGCUGAAAGACAAUUCAGACACAGAUGGGAUCAGCCUGUACUACUGGUCCCUGUUUGAUGGACACGCUGGGUCAGGGGCAGCUGUAGUUGCUUCCAAACUGCUGCAGCACCAUAUCCAGGAGCAGCUGCAGGAGAUAGUGGACAUCCUGAGGAACACAGCUGUCCUCCCCCCCACCUGCCUGGGAGAGGAACCCGACAACCCAGCCACCAACAGCAGGACGCUGACGCGGGCGGCCUCCCUGCGUGGUGGGGUGGGGGCCCCAGGCUCACCCAGCACCCCUCCAACACGUUUCUUCACUGAGAAGAAGAUCCCACAUGAGUGCCUGGUUAUUGGGGCCAUAGAAAGUGCAUUCAAGGAAAUGGAUUUGCAAAUAGAACGAGAGAGGACCGUGUACAAUAUUUCUGGUGGCUGCACAGCCCUCGUGGUGGUGUAUUUAUUGGGGAAACUUUACGUGGCAAAUGCUGGUGAUAGCAGGGCUAUAAUAAUCCGAAAUGGUGAAGUCAUUCCAAUGUCUUCAGAAUUCACUCCAGAGACCGAACGCCAGCGACUUCAGUAUCUGGCUUACAUGCAGCCCCACUUGCUUGGAAAUGAGUUCACACAUUUAGAGUUUCCACGGAGAGUGCAGCGCAAGGAAGUUGGAAAGAGGAUGCUCUACCGUGACUUCAACAUGACUGGCUGGGCAUACAAAACCAUUGAGGAAGAUGACCUGAAGUUUCCCCUUAUAUAUGGAGAAGGCAAGAAGGCUCGGGUUAUGGCAACAAUUGGAGUGACCCGAGGAUUGGGAGACCAUGACCUGAAAGUGCACGACUCUAAUAUAUACAUCAAACCCUUCCUUUCCUCAUCUCCUGAGGUGAGAGUCUAUGACCUCCUGCAGUAUGAGCAUGGGCCAGAUGAUGUUCUGAUCCUAGCUACUGAUGGACUCUGGGAUGUGCUGUUAAAUGAAGAAGUGGCAGAAGCUGUCACUAACUUUCUACCGAACUGUGACCCUGAUGAUCCCCACAGGUACACGCUGGCAGCACAGGACCUGGUGAUGCGAGCCAGGGGGGUGCUGAAGGACCGGGGCUGGCGGAUAUCCAACGACAGGCUGGGCUCUGGAGACGACAUCUCUGUCUACGUCAUCCCUUUAAUACACGGGAACAAACAGUCGUGA